UAUUUUCAUAUCCAAACAUUCUCCACCAGACCACCACCAUUAAUAUUUGUUUACCGCUAUAGGUUGGUUGUUUGAUCUUGCCUUUUUGUCAACUCCCCAUAGCUAGAUCCACCUAUCGUUGGCAUAAUCUUCUGGAUGUGGAACACUAAUUCAAUGACAGUGGACUCUCAAGAAGAAGAUGAGUCAUGGGAGGUGAAAGCUUUCGCCGAAGACACCAGAAAUGUCAUGGGAACCACUUGGCCACCGCGGUCCUAUACUUGCACAUUUUGCCGAAGAGAAUUCCGGUCAGCUCAGGCUCUUGGUGGUCACAUGAAUGUGCACCGCCGCGACAGGGCUCGUCUCCACCAAGCACAACCUAACUUGAAAAAUCCUAACUCAUCUUCUUCUACUUCUUCCACUCUAUUGAUUCCAACUGAAGAACUUGUAGCUGAUGGUGGUCUAUGUUUUCUCUUUUCCUUAACUAAACCUAAUACUAUUUUCAAACCUUCAUCUUCAAAUAAUGUGAAUGGAAGUCCCUCACAUCUUCACUCAUUCAAACCUCAUCCCUAUACCGGUAACUUCGUGAAUGUUUCGGCAGUUGUAGCUCCUCAUGGCCUCAAUUAUUCUCUCCCUAAUUCUAGCAAAUAUGAAGCAUCAACAUCAAUAGAUCAUAAAAGCAACCAAAGAGUUAGUCUUGCCAACAUGAUAAAGAAGACUGAUUUGGCAAUGGAAGGUAUUGAUCUUGAGCUUCGUCUAGGAUGCAGUUCAUCGGCUUCUUGAAACAUAAACAUGGUGUGUUUUAUUAUGCUUGAAUGUGUGAUUUUUCCUGUGUUUGUGUAGGAGCUUCCUUCUUCUCUACUUUUCAUCUGAAAAAAGGUGGAUCAUUUUUAUUGUUGUUUCCCAUUAUCAGAGGCUUUUUGUAUAUUAAAAGAUAUAGGGAGAUUGAUGUUUGGUGGAAUAACGUGGAAUUUUUUGAGGUUAAUAUAAUGAUGAGAAAAAAGCUUAUAGUAACGGGGUGUUAUCAUCUAGUGCAGAAUCAUUUGAUCUGGUUAUGGAUCUUUUACUUUCCAUAAUAGUAUUUGGUAACUUUUUUUUAAUCAUAAUGAAAAGAAUCGUUCAUUUAUACUUAAUUUAUGAGUUCCUAAUUCUCCUCCAUUUCCGGCUAAAUAACUUUUGGGAUCACUUCAGUCAUCUGGUGUAACUUCAAUAGAUGAUAGAUCCUUGACAGUGGAGAUGGUUGAAAUCUUCCAUUGAUAGAUAGACCCAGUGACGGACCCAGGAUUUUUUUUUCACUGAGGUCCCUUUUUCGGGUCGGUCGUCGUUCUGGUCGGGUCGGGAGACGGUCCGACAACAUAAUUUUAAUAAUACAGACUUAUUAAGUUGAAUUAUAUAUUUUUAUCAACUUGAAUCAAAUCAAGCCGAACGCAAAUCGACUUUUAAAUUCAGUUA